AUGAGAGUCCUUCUGCUUGUGGGAGUUGCUCUACUUAUCACCUUGGCCUUUGCCGAUCACCAUAAGGGUCAUCACAACCAUGACCACAGAGAUCACCAUAAUCACAAACAUGGCCAUCACAAGAAAGGGGAAGACUGUGACAGAAAGCGCCACCAUCACCAUAAUGAGUCCUUGCCCCACCACAAGAUAGCUGAUUACAAUUCAAAAUUCUUUUUUGACCUGUUUCGGCAGAUAGCUCUAGAUCAUCCUUCUGAGAACAUUGUCUUCUCCCCUGUCAGUAUUUCUACGGCAUUUGCUUUCCUGUCCCUUGGUGCUAAGGCUCAGACCCACUCACAAAUCAUUAAAGGACUCCGUCUAAACACCUCUAAGAUCUCAGAAAAAGACAUUCAUGAAGAUUUCCAUCAUCGCCCGGAUCUCCUAAAUGAUGUGGACAGGAAGCUCCCGCUCAUAGGUGGAAACGCUCUCUACAUUUCCAAGGAACGCAAGAUUCUCCAGACGUUCUUAGAUGAAGCCAAAAAGCUUUACCACUCAGAGGUGUUUUCUACUGAUUUUAAAAACACUGAAGAAGCGAAGAAUCAGAUUAACAGUUAUGUGGAGAAAAACACCCAUGGCAAGAUCCCUGAGCUGUUGGACAGUGUAGACCAGGAUGCCAUUUUUAUCCUCAUCAACUACAUUUAUUUCAGAGGACAAUGGGAAAAUCCAUUUGAAGAGAAAUGGACAAAAGAAGAAGAUUUUCACGUCAAUGAGAACACAACGGUGAAGGUGCCUUUCAUGAGCAGAACAGGAAUGUACAAGGCGGCCUUCACUGAUGAGGCCACCGUGGUCUCCAUACCGUGUAAAGGAAACGAUGUUGCUUUAUUCGUCCUGCCAAAUCAGGGGAAAUUGUCAGAAGUAGAACAAAAUUUUAAGAAAGAAUCAAUUAAAACGUGGAAGAAAUCAUUUCACAGACGGUUGGUGGACUUAUACCUCCCCAAAUUCUCUGUCUCCGGCACUGUCAACCUGAAAGAAAUAUUAGGCAAGUUGGGCAUAGAAGACGUUUUCUCAGACAGCGCUGAUCUUUCUGGUAUCACUGGAGAACCCAACGCAAAGAUUUCUAAGGCUAUCCAUAAGGCCGUGCUUAGUGUUGAUGAGAAGGGGACAGAAGCGGCAGGUACCACCGCACUGGAGGCAAUGCCCAUGAUGCUUCCUCCUCGUAUUCAGUUUAAUCGUCCUUUCCUUAUCUCAGUGAAUGACCACGAAAGCAUUCUCUUCAUCGGAAGAAUUGCCAACCCACAGGAAUGAUUCUCUCCUAAACUUUUCUUUAAUAAAAUACUAGCAGA